CUAACAUAACCAUGAUAGAAGACAACGGUCCACGUGUGGCUGACUAUUUUGUAGUAGCUGGGCUCACUGAUACAGAUACUGCAACCCUCCUGGACCAAGAAGUAAGCCGACAUGAAACUAAGUCACCUGGUCCAAAGGCUCCAAUUACUGACAUUGCUGUGAUAAUUAAAUCAGCUGGUGAAACUGUCCCAGAGGGGUACACCUGUGUUGAAGCCACUCCUACAGCCCUUCAAGCCAACUUAAACUAUGGAAGUUUGAAGAGUCCUGAACUUUUUCUUUGCUACAAGAGAGGCCGGGACAAACCACCGCUUACUGACAUUGGAGUUCUGUAUGAAGGGAAGGAACGCAUCAUUUCGGGCUGCGAGGUGAUUCAAGCUACUCCUUACGGUCGUUGUGCUAAUGUUAACAACAGUUCAGUUUCUUCUCAACGGAUCUUUAUUACAUACCGAAGGGCUCCUCCAAUACGACCUCAAAAUUCAUUGGCAGUGACGGAUAUCUGUGUUAUUGUUACCAGCAAAGGAGAAACGCCUCCUCAUACAUUCUGCAAAGUUGAUAAGAAUUUAAAUUGUGGUAUGUGGGGUUCCAGUGUAUACCUUUGUUACAAGAAGUCUGUGUCAGCUUCUAACUCUUUAGCGUAUAAAGCUGGCUUAAUUUUCAGAUAUCCACAAGAGAACUAUGAGUCAUUCCCACUAUCAGAAUCUGUACCUCUCUUCUGCCUUCCUAUGGGAGCUACCAUUGAGUGCUGGGACUCUCAAACUAAAUAUCCACUUCCAGUGUUUUCAACAUUUGUACUGACCUGCUCUUCUGCAGAAAAGGUUUAUGGUGCUGCUAUUCAGUUUUAUGAGCCUUAUCCCCGGGAGCUGCUAACGGAAAAACAACAAGUGCAGCUGGGUCUCCUGACAGCUGUAGGGAGGAAAGUGGUUGCUUCCAAGUCCAUCAAUUCCAACAAAUGUAUCUGCCUUCUCUCACACUGGCCAUUCUUUGAAGCAUUUCGAAAAUUUCUUAUGUUCAUCUACAAACUCUCUGUCUCUGGACCGCAUCCUCUUCCCAUUGAAAAGCACAUAUCUCAUUUUAUGCACAAUAUACCUUUCCCUUCACCACAAAGGCCAAGAAUUCUAGUGCAGCUUUCUGCCCAUGAUGCAUUAGUACUGUCUCAGCCAGUUUCUACACCAUUGCCAUUAAGUGGAGCGAACUUUAGCACUCUGCUCAUGAAUCUUGGACCGGAAAACUGUGCCACUCUGUUACUCUUUGUAUUACUAGAAGGCAAGAUCCUCCUCCAUUCUCUUAGACCAGCUGUGUUGACAGGAGUUGCUGAAGCUGUAGUAGCUAUGAUAUUUCCAUUUCAGUGGCAAUGUCCAUAUAUCCCCCUCUGUCCUUUGUCUUUGGCUACCGUACUCAGUGCACCUCUUCCAUUUAUUGUUGGAGUUGAUUCACGAUACUUUGAUCUGUACGACCCACCACAGGAUAUUGUGUGCAUUGACUUAGACACAAACAUGGUGUACAUAUCAGAUGAUAAGAAGAGUACCAACUGGAAGCAGUUUCCCAAGAAGCCGUGUAAAAGUCUGCUCAGAACCUUAAAGAAACUUCACCCACAGCUGGCAGCAGUUCACAGGAAAACUCAAGAAGGCUCUGCAGUAGAGAUGACUCCUAUUGAGGCAGAUUUCUCCUGGCAGAAGAAGAUGAUAGAACUCGAGAUGGAGAUCCAGGAAGCUUUUCUUCGUUUCAUGGCAUCUAUUUUAAAGGGUUACAGAACAUUCCUCAAGCCAAUCACGCAGGCACCUUCAAAUAAAGCAACUGCCGCUGAUUCUCUGUUUGAUCAUCAAGGAUUUUUAAAAAGCAGAGACCGUGCCUAUACAAAGUUCUACACGCAUCUCACCAAAACGCAGAUAUUCAGCCGCUUUAUUGAAGAGUGCAGUUUUGUGAGUGACAAGGAUACUGGCUUGGCGUUUUUUGAUGACUGCAUAGAAAAGCUCUUUCCGGAUAAAGGAACAGAAAAAGGAAACAAGGUUGAUGUAGAUUCUGUCGAAGACACCCGGUUGAUUGAGCUUGAUGAGUCACAGAAAAGCGAACACACAGUGUUCAUAAUGCCACCAGAACCUCCUGCUGAUGAUGGACAGGACCGAGUGCCAAAAUACAGCUAUAAAAACUUCCCACGACUAGAUUUCAAGCUCUUUGACCGGCCACAGGAGCUCAAGCACUCCUUCAGCAGACACACAGCUGGAAGCAGCAUUUCAAAUAGUCCAGCACUCAUGACAAACAGGACGAAACAGGAGAUAAAAACAGCCCAUAAAUUAGCCAAGAAGUGUUACGUAAGCCCCCCACAGUGGGCUAAGUGUCUCUUCAGUCACAGUUACAGCCUAUGGUUUAUUUGUCUGCCGGCCUACAUCAGAGUUGCACACCCCAAGGUCAAAGCACUGCAGCAGGCAUAUGAUGUUCUAAUUAAAAUGAGGAAAACUGAUGUGGAACCACUAGAUGAGGUCUGCUACAGGGUUGUAAUGCAGCUCUGUGGCCUGUGGGGACAGCCUGUUCAGGCUGUGAGAGUCCUCUUUGAAAUGAAAAAUGCUGGAAUACAGCCAAAUGCCAUCACUUAUGGUUAUUAUAAUAAGGCAGUUUUGGAGUCUCCUUGGCCUAGCAGUAACCGCAGUGGCAUAUUCCUAUGGACAAAGGUACGGAAUGUAGUUCGUGGCACAGCACAAUUUAGGCAGUGCUUAAAGAAAUCAACGCAGAGGCCACGAGGACAUGUGAUAUCAGCUCUGCGGAAUACCACGGGUGGAAGUGAUGGGGACAUGGUGAGCCAUGGUAGUGUGGAUAGUUCUAAUGAUGCUAACACUGGGGAGCACACUCUCUUCGUCAGUGACUUAGUCAGGCUUGAUUCCAUUGAUAAUCACUCUAGCACAGGUGGUCAGUCAGACCAGGGCUAUGGAUCCAAGGAUGAACUUUUAAGAGAUGAUGGAGAUAGUCUUCAUGCAACUGAAACACAAGUAGAGAAAGAUACUUCUUCUAAAGCUGAAGACCUAAUAGGAGAGGUUUGUACUGAGAAAUCUGAUGAAAAGCAACAGCUGGAUAUAGAAACUCAUAGUCCAACAGACCCACCUGCUUGGGGUAACAGUAUUGUGAAAGUUCCAUCUGGCAUUUUUGAUAGCAGUGGAAGGAAAAGCAGUGGUGAAACUGGCUCUAGCCCACUCUUCAUGACUCAGGAUUCGGUUGAAGAUGUAGUCUUUGGUGAUGUUUCUCCCAAGAAAACAAGUGAAAAAGGACAGAAGAGGCAGAAACUGUUCUCACAGAGAAGCUGCAGUUUCAGCAGUGAAAGCAGAGCGGGAAUGCUGCUGAAAAAAGGCAGCUUGGAUUUGCAUUCUAAAGAAAUCGCAAUAAUGAUGGGAGCAGAUGCUAAGAUCCUAACAGCGGCUUUAUCUGGAGCCAGAACUUCACCCUGUCAUAUGAAUAAAUCCAACAGCUUUGAAAGUAUCGCUGACCAGCAGGUUUCUAGCAUAAGUGGAACGUGGAGUUGUGUGACUGAGUGUGAUUGGGAAUUGGAGCAUAGGUCUUCACCAGUGCUGGAAGAACCUGGGGAAGGGCAGGAACAUAUUGAGAAUGGAAGAGAUGAAAACAUGACUGCAGUGGAAGACAUGAACCUUGAACAGUUGGCUGAGUCCAAAACUGAGAAACCAGAAUCCAAAGACACAACUAUUAAAAGAAAUAGCUUUUAUGGAGUGGUUAAGCCUGUUGAAAGGGAAGAUGUUGAGGUAGGCUUAGAUCCUUUAUCUUUGCUGGCUACUGACAGCAUACAACCAAGGCAUCCAGAACCUGAGGAAAAGUUGGCGUCACCAGUUGCAGCACGGAAUUUGGCAGAUGAAAUAGAGAGGUAUAUGAAUCUGAAGAACCCUUUGCGUAGUAAGUUUCCCAGCAUGGAACUGCACAAGCCAGAUAGGGAAGCAGAAGCCUCUGGUACACUUGGUCACUCCCAAGAAAGGAGGUCAAGCCUGCCUUUGGAUCCUGUCCUGCCAUCCCCCAAGUCUUAUGAAAAUCGGAGAAGUCCUUCUGUCUCCAGAUCAAAAACAUUCACUGGACGACCAAAGCAACAAGCCCAUCCACGAGUUCAAAAGGAGCGGUCUUCAUCUUUGACAGGACUGGGUCAUUCUUCUCUGCAUGGCUCAUUAGGAUCUGUCGUAACAACUUUAUCCAUUCUGAAGUUAGACAAUAUACUGUCUGGACCAAAAAUGGAUGUUCUGAAAUCAGGCAUGAAGCAGGCUGCCAAUGUGGCCAGUAAGAUGUGGGGAGUCGUAACUUCAGCAUAUAGUUACUCAGAUGAUGAGGAAGAAAACAAUCGACCAGACUUUAACUUCCCUGCUGGUUUUGAAGAUAAUAUUUUAGAUAACCUGUCACCAAGAACUGGAAUCCCAGGGCUAAUUACAAGUGAGCUUGCACAAAGCACUACUAGUCUUGGCAGUAGCAGUAGCAGUGGAGGUGCAGGAAGACAGCAUUACACUGCAGGUGAAGUUUCAUUCCCAAGAAGUAUGAAAGUUCUAGAGUCUGAGAAGUCAGAGCACAGCUCUUCACAUAAUACUAGUUUAUCCAGCAUUUUCCAGAACUACGCAAUGGAGGUAAGAUUAAUAAACUCGUAG